GUUCCCGAAGUAAAUGUGUCAUACUCAUCACACGAUGACAUCGACUCGAGAUCAAACGUCCCAGCACAGUUCAGAGAUGAGCAAAUACCAUAAUUACAAACCCAGGCCAAAAAACAGGGAUGCUUCUCCAGGGCAGCAGAAACAAAGAUCGGCACUACUUACCAGUCAACCCAGAGAAAAUGGUAUCAUAAGAAGAAACUUCCCUAUAAGAGAACUCAAAAUAUCUCCAUUGUUCGUUAGCCGAAUCAUUGCUGCAGCCAUGGCAAUACGCUUCCUCAUUAUCACAAUAAUAUGGUUUGCCAUUUUCAUAACUUUGUUAUGCAACAACGAGGUUCCAAUUUCUUCAAGAGACAGUCACUGUACCCAAUGCCCUGACGACUGGAUAUGUUAUAGAAACAACUGCUACCAGUUUUUUAAUGAGAGCAAAAGCUGGAACCAGAGCCAAGCUUCGUGUUUGUCUCAAAAUUCUACCCUCUUGAAGAUAUACAGUAAAGAGGACCAGGAUUUCUUUAAGCUGGUGAAGUCGUACCACUGGAUGGGACUAUUCCAAACGCAAGCAAAUGGCUCUUGGCAGUGGGAAGAUGGAUCCACUCUCUCAUCCAACGAGUUAACAUUGGUAGAAAUGCAGAGAGGAUCCUGUGCUGUCUAUGGCUCCAGUUUUAAGGCCUACACAGAAGAUUGCUCAGCUCUAAACACAUACAUCUGCAUGAAGAAGGCAGUGUAAGGACUUCAUUAACUAUCUUGGCAACAGCCAGGACAAGAGAAGGGAUUAUACCGGGAGAAACUGGGACUAAAAGAAAGAGACCGAACAUACACGCAAGACAAAACAGCAGGCCUUCUCCUUCCAGAAACAAGCCACAGAACAAUUAGAUGAACAUUCUGUUUCCCAUAAAACAAAGGACACUAACUCAAAGAUCAUCAAGGCGGCCAUUCACACCUUUCUCCAAUCUGCUUAGAAUGUGGUGAGGAAGGAGGCAAGGAGGAGCCUCGAUUUCAAAAUGGGACCAACAGAUCAA